AUGAGCGUCACCUCGUGGUUCCUGGUGAGCAGCAGCGGCACCCGCCACCGGCUCCCCCGAGAGCUCAUCUUCGUGGGGCGGGACGAGUGUGAGCUCAUGCUGCAGUCCCGCAGCGUGGACAAGCAGCAUGCUGUCAUCAACUACGACCAGGACAGGGACGAACACUGGGUGAAGGACCUGGGCAGCCUCAAUGGGACAUUCGUGAAUGACGUGCGCAUCCCAGACCAGAGAUACGUCACGCUGAAGCUCAAUGACGUCAUCCGGUUCGGCUACGAUAUCCUUCCGGAUGCUCACCCUCCUCCCCACCCCCCUCCAUCCCCACGGCUACCGUUGCCCUGUUAUCCUGGAAGCAGCUGCGGGUCUCCCUUCCUGUCGGCGAUGGGGCCGCGUGACCCAGGGUCAAACUCUCCCUCUGCAGAGGCGGCCACCUACCGCACCCCUCUGUAUGGGCAGCCCUCCUGGUGGGGAGAGGAUGAUGGGGGCGCCCUGCCCGAGGAUCGGCGCCAGGACGAGCCCUGCCCUGAGCGGCCCAAGGACCUGGCUCAGCAGGACGGCGAUCUCACGGGGACGCCGGCCGGCUUCCGGGCCCCCUCGGAGCCUCAGGUCUACUCCUUCCGGCGGGAACCCAGCUACUUCGAGAUCCCCACCAAGGAGGUGCCCCCACCGCGGCCCCCGGAGGCGCCGGCGCAGGAGGCGCCCACGAGGGAGGCGGAGCCCGGCGGGGGCGGGGCGGCCCCCGUGCAGAGCCACGCCUGCUUCACCAUCGAGUUCGACGACUGCAGCCCCGGCAAGCUGAAGAUCAAGGACCACGUGACCAAGUUCCUGCGCCAGCGGCGCCCCCCAGGCAAGGAGGCCGCGCCCGCGGAGGUGGUCUCCGCCGAGACCAAGGUGGCCGACUGGCUGGUGCAGAAUGACCCGAGCUUGCUGCCCCGAACCGGCCCCGGCGACGACCGGCACAGCACCAAGAGUGACCUGCCGGUGCACACGCGCACCCUGAAGGGCCACAAGCACGAGGACGGCACCCAGAGCGACUCUGAGGACCCCCUGUCCAAGGUGGCCGGGGCCCCCGGGGUCCCCGCAGAGGCCGGCGGGGACCAGGCGCGGCUGCAGAGGCAGAUCAAGCGGGACCCCCAGGAGCUGCUGCACAACCAGCAGGCCUUCGUCAUCGAGUUCUUCGACGAGGACACGCCCCGGAAGAAGCGCUCCCAGUCCUUCACGCACACGCCCCCCGGGGACCCCAGGCUCGACCGGCGCCGUGGCCCCGGGCCGGGCGACAGGGACCGCCCGGCCGCCCCCGCCCCGGCCCGCGGGACUGGCAGCGGUUCCGGGCCGCAGCGGGCCGGCUCGCUCAAGCGGGAGAAGACGGAGGAGCGGCUGGGCAGCCCCUCGCCGGCCGCCCGGGCCCCCGCCCGCCCCUUCGGCAGCGUGGGGCGUCGCUCCCGCUUGGCCCAGGACUUCGCGGCCCAGUGUCUGCGGGACAGCUCCCCGGCAGCCCGGCCAGGCCCUGAGAAAGCGCCCCCCCCGCUGCCCGCCCCCCUGACGCCCCGUGGGGCAAGCCCCGCGGCCCCCUCACCUCCGCCGCCCCCGCCCGCCGACCCCCAGGUGACGAAGGCCCGCAAGCAGGAGGAGGACGACAGCCUCAGCGAUGCAGGGACCUACACCAUCGAGACGGAGGCGCAGGACCAGGAGGUGGAGGAGGCCCGCAAGAUGAUUGACCAGGUCUUUGGGGUCCUUGAGUCUCCUGAACUCUCCAGAGCGUCCUCGGCCACCUUCCGCCCAGUCAUCAGAGGGGACAGUGACGAGCUUGGAGACGGGGUGGCCCAGCGAAUGGCCCUGCUGCAGGAGUUUGCCUCCCGGCCCGCGGUCGUGACCCCCCAGGGCCUCCCGGUACCAGGUUCCCCCGGGGGUCAGAAGUGGGUGUCCCGCUGGGCCAGCCUGGCCGACAGCUACUCAGACCCAGGCCUGUCAGGUAAGUGGCUCCAGUGUUGCAGCGGCGACGGGUGUGCGCGCAUUGCCGCCGGAGGAGGGCCAGCUCCCUAUGUGCUCAGGGGGCCUGUGGGCAGCGUUCGCUCCAGUUGGCCCCUCGUCUCCACAGAGGACGGCCCCGGGCGCAGAGCCGCGGAGCUGGAGGGGAUCCCGCCGGUGCGGCCGCGGCGGCUGCUCCCGCAGCUGCCCAGCGAAAGGGCAGACAGCCCUGCCGGACCCGAGGCGGCCAGGAGGAGCGGUCCCGGGCCGCCAGAGGUGGGUGGCGAACAGGCCGGCCUCCUCUUGGGUCAGGAGGACCUGGAGCCCGACAGCCUCAGUGACGCCAGCGGCUCAGAUGGCGGGCGGGGCCCCGAGCCCGGCGGGGGCCCCCAGGAGGAAAGACGCAGGAGCCCCCAGGAGGGGCCAGUGUGGACCAGGGGCCGGCGCUCCCCAAGGGGUCCCGGGGAGCCAGCCCCCACCUCUUUCUUCAUCGGCGACCCUAGUGCGGAGGUGGCCCUCCCCAGGAAGGCCCCUGCGGCUCCGGGGCAGGUGGAGGGCCCAGGGCGGGCCCAGCCCAGCGCCCCCACCCCUGCCCCUGCCCGUGACGGCAUGUACGUCAGCGCCAGCGGGAGGAUGGUCAUCCAGCUGCAGACAGCGGGGAAGCCCCCAGAGCUCGAGGGCCCUGCCCCAACCCCCCCGAAGGAGGCCUUGGCAUUCGUCCGGCAGGAGAGCUUCACCAAGGAGCCGGCCAGCGGCCCCGCGGCACCCGGCCAGCUGCCCCAGAUCCCCAGCCACCCCCUCCUGCAGGAUCUGGUCGCGGCCCGGGCCGCACGCAUGGACCUUCACUCUCAGGACACCCACCUGAUCUUAAAGGAGACUGAGACAGCGCUGGCUGCCUUGGAGGCCCGGCUGCUCUCCAAGUCCCUGGAGGAGCCGGAGGGGGAAGUGGGCAGUGCCCCUGGGCCGCCAGAGGACUCCCUGUCCGGGGACUCUGAUGUGGACACGGCCAGCACCGUCAGCCUGCUCAGCGGCAAGAAUGGGCCCAGCCCAACCAGCUCCCAGCCUGCGGGGCUGCAGAGGGAGAAGCCGCCAUCCCCAGCAGCUGCACAGGACCUGGGGGGCGUCGGCCUGAGCAGCGCCCGUGAGCGGCUCUCAGAGAAGCAGCGUCGCCCGCUGGGCCCGGUGGACGUGGGCCGCGGAGAGCCAGCAAGACGCCUGGCUGCACGGCGUGGCCACGGCCCCCGGGGGUCCCUGGACUGGCCCGACGAGGACCGCGGCUCCAGCCUCGCACACCCGCCCGGCACUGACACGGUCACUUCUGACCACGAGACCCCUGGGGCCACGGGCGCAGCUCGGCCGGGGACACGCCGGAAACCCAUGGCCCCUCCGCCACCGACUGCCACUGCCCGGGAGGAGCAAGGCCGAGGCUCAACCAGCGUCCAGAAGGCGCAGCAGGCGCUGACCCGCUCCAACAGCCUGUCCACCCCGCGGGCCACACGGGCCUCCCGGCUGAGGCGGGCCCGGCUGGGGGACGCCUCGGACACGGAGGCAGCAGACGGCGAACGGGGGCCCCCGGCCAACCCGGAGCCCACGGGGCGGCUGGCGGCCGAGCAAGCCAAGAAGCUGUCCCGCCUGGACAUCCUGGCCAUGCCCCGGAAGCGGGCUGGCUCCUUCACAGGGCCCAGCGACUCGGAGGCGGCCCCUGCCCGUGCUGGCUUCUCGGGCCGCAGCGUCGAGCUGUAUUGCCCUGGACGCAAGCCCACCAUGAUGGCCGAGGCUCGGCCCACUGCCAGGAAGGCCACCAGCGCCGCUGCGGUCCCUCGCCAGCCCUUCAGCAGGGCCCGCCCGGGAAGCGCCCGAUACUCGUCACCCAACACGCGUCGCCGGCAACAGGGCUCCGAUUGCACGUCCACUUCCGAGGAGGAGUAUGGGUCCCACCACGGCUCCCCCAAACACACACGCUCCCAUGCCUCAACAGCCACGCAGACCCCACGGGCUGGCGGCUCCGGCCGGGCGCGACCCCGGGCCCCUGGCCUCCGGGACACGGAUGACGAGGAUGAAGAGCCUGAUCCCUAUGGUUUCAUUGUGCAGACGGCCGAGAUUGCGGAGAUUGCCAGGCUGAGCCAGACGCUGGUGAAGGACGUGGCCACCCUGGCCCGUGAGAUCCACGACGUGGCUGGCGACGGUGACUCCCCAGGCUCCCCGGGGCCCGCCCACAGCCCCUCCCUCAACAACGUGCCCAGCACCCCUGCCUCUACCAUCUCUGCCCGCGAGGAGCUGGUGCAGCGCAUCCCCGAGGCCAGCCUCAACUUCCAGAAGGUGCCACCCGGCUCCCUGGGGCCUCGGGACCUGGACCAGAACAUGAACGACCGUGGCGAGGACGCCCUGGCCAACAAGACACGGCCCCGGAACCGUGAGGAGGUGAUUUUCGAUAACCUCAUGCUGAACCCAGUGUCCCAGCUGUCCCAGGCCAUCCGCGAGAACACAGAGCACCUCGCCGAGAAGAUGAAGAUCCUCUUCCAGAACUCAGGGCGAGCGUGGGAGGACUUGGAGGCCAGGAUCAACGCCGAGAACGAGGUGCCCAUCCUGAAGACAUCCAACAAGGAGAUCAGCUCCAUCCUCAAGGAGCUCAGGCGCGUGCAGAAGCAGCUGGAAGUUAUCAAUGCCAUCGUGGACCCCAGUGGGAACCUGGACCUGCUGACCGGAAACCGUGGCCCCGUGGGCUCGGCCCAGCUUGGGCGAGGCCGGCCAGCCGCCCAGGGCCUGUGCUCGCCCUCCUCGGCCCUGCCACCCCGGAGCUUCCCGCAGCGGACGAGCUGCGGGACCCCUGGCCUCCCCGAGCCCCCUUUCCGCCCUGACUUCCUCCCGGACGCCGAGAGGUUCCUGAUCUAG